CACCUCUACUCCCCCACGUGGUUCCAAAUUUCCAUUUAACAAAGCACGCGGCGGCAACAUAUUUGCGUUGAAUUCACUUGAUUUUGAUCAGUUUGACCAGCAGAACACAAUAAAGAAACGCAAUGGCCCAAAAGAAAGCCGUAGCCGCCAAGGGCAAGAACGGAGUUGAGAAGCCCGCCAAGCGCGGCGCCAAGGCCGUGCAGCCUCAAGAGGAGGAGGAGGAGGAGGAGGUGGUGUCAAAGUUGCCGGCAAAGAAGGGCAAGAAGCUGCCGGUCAAGGAGGUGCCAGAGUCCAGUGAAGAGGACUCCGAUGAUGAGGAACAGGAUGGUGGCGAGGAGGAUGACAGCGACUCCCAGGCUGAAGAUGUAGGAGAUUUGAUUGAUGACGAGGCGGAAGAAGAUGAUGAUGAUAGUGAAGAGGACGAUGACGAUGAAAUUGAGCCUGGUCAGGCUUCUUUCGACAACGUUCAAGCCGGUGAGGAUAGCGCAGAUUCCGAAGACGAGGCGCCGGUGGAGGAGCCUGUUGGCAAGAAGGUAGCCAAAGUAGCUGACCAAACCAAUGGCAAGGAGUCAGACGCCAAGAAGGGCGGUAUUCCGAAGGUACGCGUGGGCAAAAUUCCUCCAGGAACGCCCAAGAACCAGCUCAUUUUUGCCAAUAACUUACCAAAAGAAUUCAAGCAUAAGGAGGUGGUUGCCCUGUUCACCAAAUUCGGGCCGAUCUCGGUUCUGAACCGCAUUACAGACAAGAAGGGUGAGAACAAAGUAAUUGUUGCCUUCGAAACGGCUGCUGGUGCCGAGGCUGCUCUGGCGGCCAAAGAGAAGUCUCUGACCUUGGGCGGUAAGGUUCUGGCCGUGAGCCUGCUGCGCGAUAAGAACGAAAGCGACGAUCUAACCGUCGUGGUGGGCCUGUUUGGACCCCAUAUCACUUACAAGGAGAUCAAGGCCCACUUCGAGCAGAUCGGUCCCGUGGAACUCGUAACCGUGUCCAACAAUCAAAAUAACCCAAAAGCUUUUGUGCGUUACACUAAUAGUGAAGACGCCAAGAAAGCCCUCAAGCUGCACAGCACCGAGUUCUUUUCGCGCUUCAUCACGGUGCGGCCAAAACUGUUUAGAUCAUAUUCGGACAAGAGCCCAGAGACUACCUUGAUACUCGAGAACGUGGGCAAGCACGAGUCCUUUAGUACCGAUGUCAUUGAAAAGAUCUUCAAGAAGUUCGACGUGGACUUUGUUGAUGUGGUGUGCAGCAAGAUGGUGCUGGCCUUCAUCACCUUUAAGCAGCCGGAAGGCGCCACAAAUGCCUUGGCCCAGCUCAAUGGCAAGACUUUGAGUAAUUUGGAGUUGAAGCUAGCGCGUUUCCAGCGCACCAGCUCGGGACGUGCCACUCUGGUGACGAAUCUGACCAAUGAUACCACCGAAGAGCAGCUGCAGGAAUUGUUUGGCCAAAACGGUGACAUCGAAAGCAUCCAGAUGUUGACCAACAAAGCCGUGAUAAAGUUCACCACCGAUGAUGCCUUUUGCAAGUCCUUCCUGUUGAACGAGUCCGUGAUUAACAACCAGCCAAUCUUUCUGGAGCCAAACUCGCUGCUGAAGCACAGAAUAUUUAUGAAGAAGCACAGGUUUGGUCAUGGUGCUCCCCCGGCUGGCAAAUUCCAAAAGACUGGAAACAACAAGAGCUUUGGCAAGAAACCCUUCAACAAGCGCCCUCAUCCGGAGAACGGUGCCAAGCCGUUUGUGAAGCGACCCAAGUUCUAGAACCUGACAACGCACGAAGUUGGUUUAGUCAUAAGUUAUCCAUUAUCACGGCCACAAGAUCCCCCCCCCUUAAUCCAAUGUCACUGGAUUUUAGACUGUAAGAGCUCCUCCCCCACAAACCACUACAAAAAUUUGUAUGGAAAUAUUAAUACUAGCCGUACUUUUUAAACUGUUUUUAUGAACAGGAAACAAAUAAAAAUGAGCCCAUAAAAUCA